AUGGAGAAGACCUACUCAUUGACGGCCCACUACGACGAGUUUCAGGAGGUGAAGUACGUGAGCAAGUACCAGAGCGGCACCCUGCCCAAUGGCUUCGCCCUCCAGCUGGGCACCGGGGCCAAGAAACGCCGUGGGGGGCUGCCGCGCUGGAGCCGCCGGGAGGUUUGCCUGCUCUCGGGGCUGGUGUUCGCUGCUGGGCUCUGCGUCAUCUUGACGUGCAUGUUGGUCCUCAAAUACCUGGCGGCUGAAGGGGACAGCUAUUGCCUGGAGGGGUGCCAGGAGAAGAAGGCCUUUCUGCGGGCGUCCCGCUUCCUCACUGCCAACAUGGAUGCCACCAUUGACCCCUGCCAGGACUUCUACUCCUUCGCCUGCGGUGGCUGGCUCCGGCGACACGGCAUUCCUGAGGAUAAGCUGGUGUAUGGCACCAUCGGGGCCAUCGCCGAGCAGAACGAGGCCAAGCUGCGGGCACUGCUGAGCCGCCCCGUGCGGCGCCGAGCCCCCGCCUCAGCUGAGAGGAAGGUCAAGGAGUUUUUCCGCUCAUGCCUGGACCGGGCUGAGAUCGACCGGCUGGGGCCGCGGCCCAUGCUGGAGGUCAUUGGGGAGUGCGGUGGCUGGGAUGCCCCCCCGGGCCGCGGGGACCUCAACGAGCUGCUCUACAAGACGCAGGGUGUCUACAGCGCUGCUGUGCUCUUCUCCCUCACCGUCAGCCUGGAUGAGAGGAACACCUCCCGCUACGUCAUCCGGAUCGACCAGGACGGGCUGACGCUGCCUGAACGGACCCUCUACCUGGGGCAGGAUGAGGAGAGCGAGAAGAUCCUGGCUGCGUACCGGGUAUUCAUGGAGCGGCUGCUCACCCUCCUGGGGGCUGAGCAAGUGGAGCAGAAGGCCCAGGAGAUCCUGCAGCUAGAGCAGCACCUUGCCAAUAUCACAGUGUCUGAGUACGAUGACGUGCGGAGGGAUGUUAGCAGCAUGUACCACAAAGUGACCCUGGGUGAGCUGCAGCGCAUCACCCCCACGCUCAAGUGGAAGCGCUUGCUGGACCGCAUUUUCCACGACAACUUCUCAGAGGAGGAGGAGGUGGUGCUGCUGGCCACCGACUACAUGCACAAGGUGUCUGACCUCAUCCGUGUGACGCCCAGCAGGAUCCUUCACAACUACAUGCUGUGGCGCAUUGUGGUGGUGCUGAGUGAGCACCUCUCCACUCCCUUCCGUGACGCCAUCCACGAGCUCUCCAAGGAGAUGGAAGGCAACGAGAAGCAGCUCGAGCCGGGCAAGAUCUGCCUGAGCCAGGCCAACAAGCACUUUGGCAUGGCCCUGGGCGCCCUCUUCGUUGAGGAGCAUUUCUCCUCCGCCAGCAAAGCCAAGGUGCAGCAGCUGGUGGAAGACAUCAAAUACAUCCUGGACCAGCGCCUGGAUGAGCUGGACUGGAUGGAUGAGGAGACGCGGAGAGCGGCCAGGGCCAAGCUCCGGUAUAUGAUGGUGAUGAUCGGGUACCCCGAUUUCCUGCUGAAGCCGGAGGCCAUCGACAAGGAGUAUGAGUUCGAGGUGGAUGAGAAGACCUACUUCAAGAACAUCCUCAACAGCAUCGCCUUCGGCAUCAGGCUCUCGGUGAAGAAGAUCCGGCAGGAGGUGGACAAGUCUGCGUGGCUGCUGCCUCCCCAGGCGCUGAACGCCUACUACCUGCCCAACAAGAACCAGAUGGUGUUCCCUGCUGGCAUCCUGCAGCCCACCCUCUACGACCCCGAGUUCCCGCAGUCUCUGAACUACGGCGGGAUUGGAACCAUCAUCGGGCACGAGCUGACCCACGGCUACGAUGACUGGGGGGGACAGUAUGAUCGGCACGGGAACCUGGUGCACUGGUGGACGGAGCGGUCGUACAGCAAGUUCCUGAAGAAGGCACAAUGUAUUGUCAACCUCUACGACAACUUCACUGUCUACAACCAGCGGGUCAAUGGCAAACACACGCUGGGGGAGAACAUUGCUGACAUGGGGGGGCUCAAACUCGCCUACUACGCCUACCAGAAGUGGGUGCGGGAGCACGGCCCCGAGCACCCCCUGCACCACCUGAAAUACACCCAUGACCAGCUCUUCUUCAUCGCCUUCGCCCAGAACUGGUGCAUCAAGCGGCGAUCCCAGUCCAUCUACUUGCAGGUGCUGACAGACAAGCAUGCCCCGGAGCACUACAGGGUCCUGGGCAGCGUCUCACAGUUCGAGGAGUUUGGACGGGUUUUCCACUGCCCCAAGAACUCGCCCAUGAACCCAGUGCACAAGUGCUCAGUGUGGUGA